AUGUUGCUGUCACUGCUGGGUGCCUGUAUCGUACUGGGGCCAUUCCAGGGCUCUGAGUGGGAGCCAGUGUUGAGCCUGCUCUCCAAGGAUCACAGCUGCAGGAGCCCUCGGUGCUGUGGCAACCUGCUUGUCCUCUGCCUCUUUCUGAUCUGGCAGGUCCGGCACUAUUGGCACCAGAUCACCAGGACCUCCCCCAGCAUGAAGAGGGUCAUCAAGGUGCCACCGCAGAAGUGGGCAGUGCCCUUCAUGAGACCUGACACUUGUUUGGAGCGGACCUCUAAACCAUUCUACAGUUUUGGCAAGUACAGGGGCCUGGAUGCUCACUUUCGGCAAUGGGCACAAAAGAAGAGAUGGGGAUACUGGAGGAGCCUCCGGGAAUCAAGGGUCCGAUACCUGCUCUCUUGGCAGCGAUGCCAGUGCCCGCCUUGGGAUUUCCACACCCCUACUAAGACCACCUUUUGCACCACCCCUUUUUCAAGCACCUGUAUGCUCCCUCAGCACAGUUCCAGAGUAUGGCAUGUACCUUGGUGUCUUCGUGAUGAGCACACUCAACUGAUUGGCAAGUCGCUGCAGCCUGACCUGGACAGGUAUUAUCAAAGGAUGGAGCAACCGCUGGCCCACUCCCAAGAAAAAUUAGUGCCACUGGAGUCUGCUGUCAGCAUGCACUCCCAUUCCACCUCCAUGACUUCAGCUGCUGUUCUCCCAAACCUCCCUUCUCAGAGGCCACAGUUCUGCUCCAGAGAAUUCCUGCCUCUUCCUUCUAACCAAGAAUGCCUGGGCCUCAAGAAGAGCCAACAGUUCCUCCUGGAGUCCCUCAUGCGGCGGAAGAUUGCACAUCUGAAGUGGGACCUCCGCCAGAAGCUGGUCCUGGAGUUCCAUUUGCUGUUUAACUUGUUAGAUCCGGGACCACUGCCCUCUUCUGGGUGGGUGACCCAUGUGUAA